AGCCACCCCCGCUCGUGUGCCGUGGCCGGACUUAAUAGAGGCGCCGCUGCUCGCUAAAAGCACUUGCCCCCCCCCCCCCCAAAAAAAAUCCUCUUCAAGACGACUACACCUUGGUAUGUGGGGGAGGUGGGUAAGUGAAAAUUGUGAACGAGUAAGACAUUGUCCAGCGAUUCGGUGAGCGGCGUUCCCUUGGCAAGGUGACCCUUAAGGAGAUCUUCGCGCCGCGCUCCCGUGUCCCGGCUCGUUGGUCUAGGGGUAUGAUUCUCGCUUCGGGUGCGAGAGGUCCCGGGUUCAAAUCCCGGACGAGCCCGACGGGGUCGCAAUAUUUUUUUUUCCCCUCUUGCUCCCUCUCUCUCUCUCGUUGUGUGUUGCUUUUCUUCUUCGGUAUAAACAUUUCUACCGCACGUUUACGCGAACGCAACAAACCCGCUUCGUUUAAACUUUCUACGUGCUGUCGCUGCGUUUAUAUAUUUUUAUUAUUAUUAUUGUUAUUCUGACACGCUGCGCGUGGAAUGAGUUACACAACUUGAGGCCUAGGCGCCGCCGCUCGGCCUUUCCCUCCUCCCCGCGGACCCCCGCCUCUUGCCUAGUUUCCUCCCCCCACCUCCCGCACACUCAGCCCGAGGGCCGCUGCUACCCCGCCCGCGCCCAUGGACCAGGAGACGGCGCAGCGCCUGUACGCCGAGGGCGCCUUCCUCGUGUUCCUUGGGGUCCCCGAGGGCACGGAGUUCGGCAUCGACUACAACACCUGGGAGGUGGGCCCACUCUUCAAAGGCAUCAAGAUGAUACCGCCGGGCAUGCACUUUGUGCACUUCAGCGCGGUGCGUGGAUGUGGGGGCAAGCCAGGGGGCAAGGCUGAGGGCAGCGGGCCCAAGAGCAGCGGGGCAGGAGACCGCGGGCCCUGGGGCCGGGAGACGGGGCCACGCACGGGAUUCUUCCACGAGUUUGGGAAGCGCGAGCUGCUCGUGCGCAAGUGGGACGUGGGGAUGGAGGACGCGGCCAGCGAGGAGGUGGCGAGCGACGAGGUGGAGAGGAUACGCGCCAGCCUCAAGGACCUGGAUCGGAACCUGGCCCCGUACCCGUACGACACGCUGCGGCGCUGGGUGUCGCUGAGCGGCCACGUGACGGGCUCCGUGGCGGCGCGGCUCCUGCCGCUGUCGGGCCGCGUGUGCGCCUUUGCCGAGAUGGAGCCCGAGACGCCGAGCUCCAACUCGCAGCAGCGGCUUGCGCUCAACCUCCCCCGCAACGACACCGAGUGCUCCAGCCUGCAGGAGGGAGAGGCGAGGCUGCCCAUCAUGAAGCAGCGCCCCGGCACCGAGAUCCGCUUCUCUGAGCUUCCACAGCACCCAUUUCCGCUGGGGGCCAGCCCCGCGGACGUGACGCGCCACUCGCUCGACCGCUCGCUCGCACUCGACGCGCUCCUCGCCCGGCACUACCCCCAGGACGAGCACGGCAUCCUGGGUGAGCUGCAGUUUGCGUUCGUGUGCUUCCUGCUGGGCGGCGUCUACGACGCAUUUGAGCAGUGGAAGCGGCUGCUGGCGCUGCUGUGCGGCAGCGAGGCGGCGGCGCUGUCUCGCCCGCGCCUCUACCGCGACCUCAUCCCUGUGCUCUACCACCAGCUCAACGAGGUGCCACGGGACUUCUUCGUCGACAUCGUCACGAGGGACAACUUCCUCACCUCCACGCUGCAGGUCUUCUUCUCCAUCCUGUCGGGCGCGGACGUGGAGCGGUCUCUGCAUCAGCGAGCCGCCAUGUUCAAGCAGCACCUGACGCGCAAGUUCCGCUGGGAUUUCGACGCGGAGCCCGAGGACUGCGCCCCUGUGCUCGUGGUGCUGCCAGACGGCGUGGUGCUGCCAGACGGCGUGGUGCUGCCAGACGGCGUGGUGCUGCCAGACAGCGUGGUGCUGGGGUGAUCUCACGGCACCGGUGGCCAUCUCGGCGAGGGCAGGGCUACCGUUUGGCCGUCUUUGCGAGGGCUGCUUGUGACGCACGGGGGGGGGGGGGGGGGGGGUGGUGAUCGUCCUUUGUGCCUGGGGUCCAAAUAAUCAUUUGAUUAGAAAUAACGGAUUGGAUGAGCGGGCAAAAUGUGUCCGUUGUGUGUCCGUACCUGGACAUUAAAAUAAGUAUUCCGACCCAAGAUGGCUACCAUACGGUCCUGUCCUUUACCAAGAUGGCUACCAGAUGGAGCUGCCCUCACCGUGAUGGCUAUUAGUCAGACCUAACUAUAACCAGGAUUGCCGCUAGAAUUGCCAGUCGUCAAGAUUGCUAUCAAACAGCUUUGUCUUGCUUCACAAUGGCCACCUUAUAAACUUGCCCCUCACCAAGAAGGCUGCCAACUGAAAAGGAACUUGCUGCCAAGAUCGUGGAACUCUUGAGACAUGGCCGCAGACCUCGGCGGAAUUUUCCAACAGGAAGACGGUGGAACGCCUGUUUACAUUGGAAAAUCUGCCUUGUAAUUUUUUUCAGCCGAACUUAAAAAUCCGCUCCAAACGUUUCCCGUGCACCAAGCAUCAGCAGAGCACAACCGUAAACAUCACCCGCGAAGGGAACCUGCUCGGAUAAUUGAUGUCGAUUUGCAUUUAAAGGACGCUGAAUUGCCUGAGCAACUCAAAGCGUCUUUAUCGCUCAUCUCAACCGUUUCAAUGCCCUGCUGUUCCGUGCUUGCUUAGGGCGCACCUGCCCAGUGGCAGCCAUUCGUUCGCGGCAAAAAAUUUCACAACCCCGACCUUCAAAUGGGCAUUAGUGUGCCAGUAGGGGGCGAUGUUAAGCCACAGAGCAUCAUGGGAAAAUAACUUCCACGGUGCUUUGCACACCCGGAUUGCGCGCAGGAAUUAUAGUUUUUCACGAUUGUCGACUCCAGGAUUCGACGUCGAGAGGUCAUCACGACCAUCGAUGUCAGCACCACGUCAUUGUUUGCUUCGGCCAGAGCCUUCGACCAUUGCAGUGCCAUGGGCCAGCAAUAGGCGCCGCCACUUGUUCCUGGUUUUUCCAGGCUCGUUUGUUGCUGUUAGCUGCAAGUCUUCUCGAGAGUAUUAAAAGUCAAACGUAUUUUGUCAGUUGCGUAAUAAUACACUGCUCAUGAUGACACACUGACGUGUAAUCCUCCUCUCGUCUGGUAUUGUGAGAGCUUCUUUGAGACGGACAACACGCUCGAGACGGACAGUACACACGAGGCAGACAACACAAAAUAGACUGACAACACCACACAGGCCAAUACAAACCAAGUGGUAAAUUCUGUAACUGAAUGGAACAUUAAUUGUGAAUAUUCAUUGAAUUACGUCGAGGGUGAGUUACCAUCGGUACCUGACUACUCAAUGUGUUUGGUAAAGUUUGAUACCCCAGGUUGGCUCCAACUGCCCUUUUUGUGUAUGGGACUGUUAAACUGCAGACCUGCUACAUCAUUUUACUGCAAUCUGUGAGUCUCUGAUAUCAGUUUUUCAUUAAAAUGUAAAUUUAUCCAAAAAAAUAAAGGUUACCAGCAGUUUAUCGAGAAUGGACUCGAUGUUAAAA